AGCUUAAACAAAUUGUCGGUCAGCUCGUCACAGAACGGUUCGUGAAGAAGAUUACAUGAACGUUAGAGAUAUUUUAAAUCAGCAUUGAUAUUAUCGCUUAUAAUUCUUUUAUCUUACACUAUUAAAAAGAUAUGAAUCUUAAUAUUGUGUACGUAUUUUUACUUGUGGUUAUAUGCACAGUUGAUCAUGUUGCUAGCUGGUUGAGUGUAUUGCGAACGUUACCAUUAGCUAAUGCGAAACAGCUGAAGAAGAACGCGACGCAUAUUAUUUAUGGUAAAUACAGCAAGCUAAUCGUUUGCCGGAAAGAUAGACACUGCAAGCCUGUCGAAUUUUGCCAUCGAUACGAAAAAAGUUGUAGAGCGUGUAAAACUGAGGGACAAAUGUGCAGACGUAACAAAAUGUGUUGCCGUGGUAUGGAAUGUGCGGGUGGUAAAUGUCGCAAGAGAGUUGCGUUAGGACGCCAAGGUGCUCUGUGUUCAAAAGAUAGAGACUGUAACUAUGGUUUUUGCUGCGCACGUGAAAACGGACAAUCCAUAUGUAAACCAAUGUUACGUCAAAACGAGGCUUGUGGGAUACCAAAAGGAGGUCGCAGAUUUCUAUGGACUCACCAAUGUCCUUGUGCGCACGGUCUGAAGUGUAAACGCGCUGAAAAAGAAGAAACAAAGUCUCGUAGCAAGCUUGUCAGCAUCAUUCGUGAUUGGACAGACGAUACGGAAAGAAGGUGCUUGCCCCCCAACGAAACGUAACAUGCUGUCAACGUCGUAAAAGUCGCUUAAAAAACACUCAUCAAUUUUGAUGACACGAUACAUGAUUAGAUAUUCACGGUUGAUCCUGGACUUACCUACUUUAUAGGCACCCCAUCAAAAAAAGAUUUUUUCACGCAUGCGUAUAUGGUGUUUAAAAUCUCUUUAUACAUAUUUGUCCAGCAUACAGCUUCAAGUAAAAACUUAGUGAAAACGAACGACGAAGAUUCACAAGCCAUGUUAAAAUAUCAACAUAUGAUUCAACAAAGAGUAACAAACUAUACCAACGUUGUCACAUGACAUUAAUAAAUAUCGUAUUUGCUAGACGCGUUUGUUCUAUAUGCAGACGUGCUAUCCUUUUUUCCAAACGAUUUUGGAAAUAUAGGAGCAUGUGAACAGCCGUGGUCAUACAUACUUGAUUAUAAAACGGUACACAGCGCAGAAGCUAGUGCUACA